AAUGAAUUCCCGGGCAUGUUGAGCGCGUCUAUCUGCGCCAGGGUAGAGCUGCUCCACAUCCUCGAACGUGGACAGGUUCAACAAUUCUUGUCUGGGAAGGUUACAGGAAGUCUUUCGGGAACUGCGAACUCAUCUGUGCAACAAGCUGGAUGAUUCUUGUUCCGAAUUCGUGUGUCGUUGCGAGAGAUUGUGUUUUCGGCGAGGUUUGCUGAAUUGUUGUGUUGAAUGACGGAGGCGCGAAGGGACCGUCAGGGGGAACAUUGCGCAUGAGAAAGAUCCAGCGAGACAGUUGAGGAAAUUCGAGCACUUCAAGUCAGGUUAAUGUGGACGACUACAACCUCGAUUCAUUAUGACUUGUGGCAAUGCGAGGUUGUGGAUUAUUUACACUUGACACUCAAGUAGGACAAUGUCCUGUGAAGAUGGCAUCGGGUGAAGAUUCGCAAAGAUCUUCGUCGCGUAAAGCUCAUCUAUUUGACUUUUGUAUCAAGUUUUUAAGGAUAUCUGGGAUACGUCUUCCUAUCCCGCCACAUUCUGGAGACUUCACAGGGAGCUCUUCAAAGAUUCGACAGACAUAUUUUCUGAAGAUCACUCUUCUACACGGAACUGAACAACAGAUAAUUGGAGAGUUUGAAGUAGUUGGCGACGAAUGCAUCAUCAAUCACCAGAUCUCGUGCCAAAUUGCGUAUGCUAGGCCUGAUAAGCUUCACGUGUACAUAGACCAGAAUUGGAGUGCUGGUUUGUCUGGACAUAUUACCGUGGAUUUUAAGGAGGUGUGCCUCUCUACCUCGUUCAUCUCAGAAGUAUUAGUUUCUUUUUUUGAGGACCUUGAUGCUGAAAUCUGUCUUGAAUACCCUCUAUUUUCAAGUGGACCGUCACAUGUUCGAAGUCCAGCUAAGUUGGAGAUGUCGGUCUUAUGUGCCUGCUCAACCAAGUCCGCUUUGUUUUCAAAUCAACUUCAUCUUAACCAAGAAUAUAUGAACUUCGAGGAUUUAAGUAAAAUUAGGCCAUCCUUAGAGGAUCUUUGGUACCCACCAGAUCAGUUGAACCCUGAAAGCGGCCAGGAGGCUCUAUCAAUGCUACCCGGGAGCGUUCUCAAACAGGUCACACCAUCAAAUCUGUGCCUUGAUAAAGUUGAUAGAGAGAUUGAAAUGCUGAAGGAAAUGGAAGGUGACCUCAUUGAACUAAAUUCGAAGUUAAACAAAUAUGUAGCAGCACAAAGCUUGGAGGGAUAUGCACCUGAACAAUAUACGCGUAAGAUUCCGACUAGACCGGACGUUGUGGCAGCUGCGUUUUUCGCAGCAGGCAUGGCUUUCCAAAGACAAGUCGACAAUAUUAAGAGACAUAGAAUGUACAGCGGAACCGAGGAUCCACUUUUGCCUGGAGAAAGUCCACGCUUGCUUCUAGAAGAUGUUUCGUCAACCUUCAAGAGUGAAGCGCCUACAAACCAAGAAGUUCAAGAGGUUGACACAUUUUGCCAUGGAUCAAGUAGGAGUCUCGUUUUUAGUGAAAACUCGCAUAGUUGCGGCCUUCCACAGUCUUGCAGCUGCAGCAGUGAAGCUGCCACAAGUUUGGCAGGAGACAUAGAUGAAGACGAGAAUGACCAAAGCUUUGUAGAUUCUUCUGUAUGCUCCGGGGAUACGUCCUUAUCCCUUUCGGAACCAGAACUAUCAAGUCCAAGGACCUCUAGUGAUACACGUUCAUCACUUGGUGAAUGUAGUACUUCAGAAGGGACCAUGAAUUUCGUUAGGAAUGAUAUUCUCAGUGAGCCACAUGGUAGGUUAAAAAAAAACAACGUAUUGAGUGUUGUAGAUAGCGUACUUGGGGCUUUGGCAAUCAUAGGUUCACCAGGUUCUAGAUCCAAGGAUAUUCAUCCUGGAGGCAGCAAAGACGAGAGAGUAACUAUUGCAGGAUCAAUGCUUGGGAGACAACAGGUCACGAGUAUCCAAGCAAUCCGUAAGAGCAAUCCAGGUUUGGGUUGGCUCACAAAUUCAAUGCAGUUUGAGUGAUACCAUAAAAAAACCCGCUGGUACCACUCAUUCAGUAUAUCAGGCAUUCCUAAGGGUGUGGCUUGCUUGGUUCACAGAUACAUGGGACUUCCGUGACAGUGGUAGCUUUGAGCACCCAAUAUUGUUGGUAGUUGAUUCAACCUGUACACAAUCAGUGUGUUAUUCUUCUAGUUUGUGUGGAAUCAGUAUCAGACAACACAGCAAGCAAUUACCAGUUAUACGGGGUAUGAUGGUCACUAGCUCAAAUUUUGGUACGCAUACUUGUUCAUUUCAUCACAAAUUUACAAGCACAUAAGUUGGUGUUUGACAUCUGUUAGGUCUUGUUGCAGUUCGCUAUUAUUGUAUUUAAAUUUGAGCAAUCUACUGAGGCAUCUGUGCCUUGAACA